GCCGGGAUGGACGUAUUCCUCAUGAUCCGGCGCCACAAGACCACCAUCUUCACGGACGCCAAGGAGUCGAGCACCGUGUUCGAGCUGAAGCGCAUCGUCGAGGGCAUCCUCAAACGGCCGCCCGACGAGCAGCGGCUGUACAAGGAUGACCAGCUUCUGGAUGAUGGCAAGACACUGGGAGAGUGUGGCUUCACCAGUCAGACCGCACGGCCGCAGGCCCCGGCCACUGUGGGGCUGGCCUUCCGGGCAGAUGAAGCGUUCGAGGCCCUGCGCAUCGAGCCCUUCUCCAGUCCCCCGGAGCUGCCUGACGUGAUGAAGCCGCAGGACUCAGGAAGCAGCGCCAACGAGCAGGCGGUGCAGUGAGGGGCCCCGGGCCCGCCCCUGCCCCCAGUGCCCCCCACCCCCAAUAAAAGAUUUGGGUGUUUGCCUGGUUGCUGCCUUUUUCUGUGCACCCUCUCCUGCCUCAGGCACCCCUUCCCUGGGAUGGGGUCUGCUCUCCUGCAAGGCUUCUCUUCAGCCCGUUGGGCUUGCCAGGCCGCCUGCAGGACCCCAGUUUGCGGCUGUUCCUUCCGUGACUGCCCCUCAGCUCACAGCCCUAGGGCUGAGGGGCAGAGGCCAGAAGCGGAAGCGACAGGUGAAGCCACUGGGGUUCCAAGGGGCACCCAUGGCCUACAGCCGCCCCGAGUCCUUUAGGGCCCCUGGGGGUGGGGGCGUGGCAAAGUGGAAGGACCUCCCCCCCAAUAAACAGUCUCUAGACCCAA